AUGGCCCCGAAGGCUUUUUUUGUCUGUCUUCCUUGGGUCUUACCCCGCCACGCGUUAAUAGUGAGACAAGCAGGAAAUCCGUAUCAUUUUCUCGCAUACACGAACCCGCGUGCGCCUGGUAAAUUGCAGGAUUCUCAUUGUCCGGUUUUCUUUAUGGGAAUAAUCAUCAUCACCAUUAUCACUGUUACUCUUGCGAUCAUCAUCAUUAACAUAAUUUUUUUAACGCUGUUUGAUGAUGGUAUGUGCUUUUAUUGUUCCUUACUCACCUUUUCCUUUGUGUCUUUUAAUUUUGACCAUUUUGACCAUUUUGACCUUUGA